GCUUUCGAAAGGCGCCGCACUGUUGCAGGAAUGUCGUAACUCUUCUGGACAUGCGAUACGCGCAUGUAUCGACUGCGCCACGUAACCUUGCUCUGAACCGCCAUGUCCGACCAACGACGGUCUCCUUCUCUGCAAUCAGUCAACAGUACGGAUUCAUUUGGGAGUUUGGGUUCCAUCGACAGCGCCGCAAGUCCUGUGCGCAAAACACGACCGUUCAAUCACGACUCGGAUAGCAUGCUUGCCUCCGCUGAGAUCUCUGCUCAUGGCAUCGGAUCCAAAGCUCACGAGAUGCCCUCGUCGACUGAUACUAGUCACAACCGCGAUGCUCCUUGCGAAUACUCGUCCGGAUGUUUCUCCCCGUCGCCUGCGCCUACAAGGAAGCAUCCUCGCUUCUACCUAGACUCCAAGACGUUUGAGAUCAAGCUGGACGACGGCACACUGUACCGCGUCCUCCGCCAAUCCUUCGAGACGCACUCGACCGCCUUCGCUGCGCAAUACCUUGGCAGUUUUGUCGAGGAUGAGCCCAUCGCACUGUCAGGCGUCUUAGCAGAGGACCUGGACCGAUUCCUCUCCUUGAUAUAUCCAUCCGAACUCGCGACCUGCGAGCUUUCUACAGCCGACGAAUGGCUCUCCGUCCUCCGCCUUGCUCGCAAGUGGUCCUUCCCUACCCUUCGGACGCGCGCGAUCCGCGAGGUCCACCUGACCGGCAGUGCCGUCGACAAGAUCGCCGCCGCGCGGGAGUUCGCGGACAUCGAGGAGCUCCAAGGAUGGCUGCUGCCCGCGUUCAAGGAAGCAUGCUCCGCGCCCCGUUGGCUGCGAUUGGCGAGUCUGCAGGACGCAGAGCGCCUGGGUGCGGGUACAAUCCUCGCUAUCGCUCGAAUAAGGGAGGAAGCGCGCGACGCUGAGGGGACGUACGACGUCGAGCGGGCGAUCGUGGUGGCAGGACUGGCGCCGGAUCCGACUCCAGUCAAGAGAACACGUACGGCAACCCAAGCCGAUGUUCUGCGGCACAUGUUCUCUGGUCGGCCGGCGAACCUCACUGAUGUGACAGUCGGCGAGGCCUCCUUGAGUGCGAGCGUCAGAGAGCCUCUGACCCUCGUUUCCACCGCGCCCGCAUCCUCUCCUCGUAUGCCGCAACACCACGAUGACGUGUCAUGGCCGCCACCAAUGGCGUUUCGGGAUAGGCAGAGUACUCGUCGGGGAGCGCCUGGGCUUUCAGCUGAAUCAGUAUCAUUCUCGAACCCAGCGACAGGCUCGCGUGUACAUGUGGACAAUAAGCCCGAUAAGAGGACCGCACCUCCUCCAGCCGCAGAGGCACCUCCCGCUACGAUGCGUGAAGCGUGGCCUCCCUCCUCCUUUGAGGCAUGGUUAAAUCCAUCGGCUGGAGCCUCUCUACUACGUUCUGCGGCGCCGCGAUCACUGGACACCUCACAGGCGAUGGUGGUGUCCCUUGAAGAGGCAGAAAUGUUCUCGCCCCCCGUUGGAUCCGCUUUCUUGUCGCACUCCGAUGAACCACCCGCUUCCCUGUCUACUCCAGUGCUCAAUGCAACGCGGGAGCCAUCUCCUCACCCUUUGAGUAAAGGUCAAAAGAAGAAGUUACACAAGAAGAUGAGGAUGAAGGAAAAGGUAGAGGCGGAUAUGGAUAGGGCGCAUGCGAAGGGGGCGGCGGCGAAAGAGGCACGGAGUCAGGAGGAAGAUGAGAGGCAGAGAGAGGAGAAGGAGCAGUCCUUGGCGGAAGAUGCACAGACGCAAAUCAAGAACGGGCCGCGAUUGAAUACGGACGAAAUCAUGGAUGCUGGUAGCUCAGAGUCCCAUACUGGUCAUGGCGCAUCACAGAAAUGCGAACCGGUGCUGGUAUCUACCCCAGUAACAGGGCAUGGCGCAAGCGGUGGUGCAGUCUUUUCGACCUCCUGAGGCUAUUGGAGAGACGGAGCGCGAGUCUAAGGAGGACGAUGUGGGGGAGGCCGAACAAGGGGAGCGGGCGGAAAAGGCUGACUGAGGUUCGGUUGGGGUAGACUCCCGUUGGAAGUCCAUCUGCAUAGUGGAGCGCGUCGAACGUUGCUCUUAGCGCGCGGAGGAAGACAUCUCGAGAUUGCAUGUUAUAUUCGUUGGAUCAGAUGUAAAGGAUACGAUACGUGCGUAGUGUUCACUUGGCUGUACACCGCCGUCAAGCAGCGCAGAUCACAUAUGCUGUGAACUUGGUCAG